AUGAACCGAGCAUUCCUGUCGGACCUGGCGUGGCACAUCAGCCUGCACCCCAGCUGUCGUGCCGAGCUGCGCCGCCAUUGGCCGGCCCCGCACUACCACAGGACAACCCGUGAUAUCGAGGAGGCUGAAGAGCGACCCCGGUGCCAAGCGCCUGGGGCCUCCCCGCCUGUGGCGGCGGUCGCCGGCCAAGAUGAAAGUAAGAAGAGCAGCGGCGGUGGCGGCGGCGUGUUCAAUCCGUUUGAGACCUUCAGCCUGCGUCUGAAGCGCAAGCGCAAGGAGCCCGUGAAGGCCGGCUGUCGAAGUCGUCGUGGCGGGGCAGCUCUGCCGGGGCAGCAGCAGACACAAAAGGACGCAUCGCAGGCGAAGGCGAAGCGGCGAAUCUGCAGUAAGAGCCCCAGCUUGAAUUCUACAACCUCGGCAGCGCACGUUGUUGUUGGCGUUCAACGGACCACCUCCAGCGCGUCGUCACUUACGCGAGCCAGAAAGCUCAGCAGCUCGCUGGUCGUCACUGCAAACCCGGCAGCAGCAGCAGCAGCGAAAACGAAGGCGAAGGGGGCAACGUCGUCGACACACGCAGCAGGCGCAACCACAGCAGCGGUCCAUAAAAGCAAGAGUACCAGCGCCCCCGAGGAGAGCUCCUCCGCGUUGGCCAGCAGCCGGGUCAAGGUCGUAGCCGCCGCUCACCCCGCUCCCAGUCCCUUGGCGAACGCGUCACCAUCACAACGCACUGGCAGCGCGGCGGCGAAGAGCGUAUCGCUUCCACUCACCCGCGCAGCAGCAGCAGCAACCGUCAAGAAGGCGGCAGUGGCCACGGCAAAGAAAGAGUCCGACGAAGUGCCUACGAGUGUCGCCAACGACUCCCCCUCCGCCGCAGCUGCCACAUCGAAGGGAGACCAUAAUAAACCCAAGUCGGUGCAUGUCGACGCGAACGACACGAAACGGAAGACGGUGCGCAGCAGCGCCGCGGCAACGACCACAGGCGGUCCUAGCAGCGGGUCAGCCGCGACGCAGAAAAAGAAAGCCGCUAGAAACUCGAGCAGCACCAUCGGCAGCGUCGCUGCGGACAGUGACAACGGCAGCGAGAGACCAGGCUACAUCCGCGAUCCACUUAACAUUCGCCUUCCGCACAGCCCGCCGUACCGAGGAAGGCAGGCGGCCAGUCGAAACGGGCAUCGGCCUGUGCACGUGACGAUUCGUUGGAGCGGUGCACGGCAGCGGCGGCGUCGCUUCUUUGCACAGUACCCAGCCCUCGCGCAGCCGGAGAACGCGAUGUACCUGCAGCAGUGGAUUCGCCUCGCAGGGCCGUCGUCGAGCUUGGGUGGCCGAGAAGCCGCGGUGGAUGCGGGCGCGUAUGACGGAAAGCAGUACGGCGGAGCCAAGGAAAAGGUGCCGCAUCAGGACUUCGCGCCGCCACGGGUGCCAGGAUCGGUGAACUUCUCUGACGCCGCCACGACAGUGGGUCGGUCCACCCCACGCCCCCCCAGUGCUAUGACUGGCGCCUUCUUGUCCGACACCACUCCACGCGCUGACGCGCCGCUGCAGAAAGAGCAGAAACUGUGCUCCAGUGAUAGAGAAGCCGGUGACCCCACCACCACCACGGCAGCUACAGGAAGACGUGCUUCCCCCUCCUCUACCCCCGGCCGUGCCGCUGCGCGCUCACAAGCACGCAUGCGCGGUGAGAGCGAGGACGAGGAAGCUGCCUUGUCUGUUGUUCCCAGCAACGCUUCCAUCAACGACAGCAACAGCGGCGCACUUCCGGCCCGCCCCUUCUCCCGACAUCCACCGCUGAAGGGCACCACGAUCCUUUCUCAGAGCACGAACACGGCGGCGCGGACGGCAGCGCUCAGCAUCUCUGGCUCGGAGCUGCCAACGCCGUCCAGCGCAGAUAAUUUCUCUGCCAACCUCCACAGCGUUGUCCGCCGGCGGAACUCACUUUUCAUCAUUCGCUCUCCUGCGCAGGACUGCGCCGACGAGGCCGCGACGUACGGCUCCUACUAUUACUCGCGCCAAGUGGUCGUGGCAGGGAACUCAUGCAACCCUUUCGGCACGAUGGGCCCGGUCGGCCCCCACAGCCUUCGCGGUUCAUUGGGUGGUGUUGCCUCUGCCAGAGGACCGAAUCGCCUCCACGUCACGUACGUGACCGCCAACACGUGCAGCACUGCGCGCACGUGGUCGACACAUCACCACAGUCUCAACCGCAGCACAGAUCGAGGGUCGAGCCCGAAUCAGCCGUCCAGCUUGGCCCCGGCAAACCCGUCCGCCUCGCAGUCCAUGGCAUCCGCUCUCUCCUGCGCCCUCUUGUCCCCGCAUGUGCCGCAGCAGAAGCAACAACAGCAAAAAGGCGGCGGUCCCCGUGAUGUGGUGGACACUCAGCGCCCGUGCCCCCUGAACACGAGCAGUCGAAGCUUCUCUGAUCCCAGGCCGAGCGGAAAGGUGUGGAUCAACUUGGACAGCCCCACGCUAGUAAAUAGUGUCACCCCCACAACCGGCGCCGGCGAUGGUGGGGGUGCGCACGCAGGAAGCGCCUUCUCCGCCACACAGUCCCCGUUGCCGUCUGUGACCUCGACACCCCUCUACGCCUCCGCGGCGGCUGAGCCAAAGAUAAUGAUGCGGAGCGCGACGAUCAGAGAGGCUGCUGCCGCCAAUCCCGGAAGAGGUAAGGACACGCCCCCGCCGCUCAACGUGAAGACGGUGAUGGUGCAACGGCAUCGCUCAUUCCUCCUGCGCCGGCAGCAGCAACAGGAACACUCGAGCCCAUCGUCUGUCGCCGCGGGGUGCGACACAGGCCCUUGCCCCUAUUUUCCGCACGAAAAUUCAUCGGCUGCCUCCGCGGCGGGCACGGUGGCCUUCAGCCCACCGACGGCGCACGGAGCCUCCAACCCGUCGUGCAGCGACUUUCAACAUCGACACCAGAAGCUGCAGCAGUGGAGCCUCAUCUCUGCGCCGCAGCAGCACUCCCACACAGAGGUACCAACCACCAACCAGCUCAGUGCCGAGUCCUCUCUGCAUCUUUUCGCGACUGGCGAGGGUGGAGACGACUACAGCAACGCUGCCUACUGCAGCCACGCCUCCUCUGUACAGCUAACACAGCAAUACUUGGCCUCGCCUCCGCAACUCAUGCCAUGCUCGAUGGCGCCGCUCACGCGGCGUGACAGCAAGAGGGAUCUGCAGGCGCGGUCACUCUGGCAUCCGGCGUACACGGAGGCACGCCUCUACGCCCCCAGCGAGAGCACAGCGUGGCUCGAGAACAACAGCUUCGCUACAUUCACAGCCACCCCAGCCAUGUCCACAGUUUGGGGUCACGGCACCUCCACGGGGCCGCACGCGAGCUACCUCGGCAACAGCAACAACUUCAUAUUCUCGGAGCCGGCAACACCGCCUUGUAGGACGCAGCAACGCAGCUCUUCCGGUUUAGUGCCCUCGCACCAGCGGAUGUCGAGCUGCUCUCUCGCGUCGACGUCCCUCCUCAGCCACCCGCCCCUACAAACACCCUCGCUGGGCACAAUCGGCAGCACCUUUCCACAGGGUGCACAGCGCACCUCGUUGGGCCUGCCUCGUUCACCGUACUUGGCCACCUCCACGGCUACCCCAACCGCCGCAGCACCUCAGGUCUUCUGCAAGUACCAGCGGCCGGAGUGCCAGCGCCGCCGCUCCCGGUUCCCGCCACCACUACCGGGGGCGCGGUGCCCUGGAAUGGCUGGCCGACUCGCCUUCGACGCCCAUCGCGCCGCAGUCCGCAGCGGCGCCAUUGCUGAAGCAGAAGAAUGCAGCUAUUACCUGAGCCAUGAGCGGUGCACCUCGGCACGCGCAAUGCCAGGCACAUCCUUGACCACCCCGCACCACCGCUCGACUGCGCGCCAGUCGUCGCCGUCCCCGUCGCCACCGCCGUCUGGCAGCCCGCUCUGCGUUGUGUCGCUGGCGGACUGUCACGCCAACUUUUUGCAGAACGCCGCAUCCGCGAGCACAGCGGGUGAUGGACGCAACGCGAAGGCGCGGUGGGACGAGGGACAGGAAGAGAGCGACGAAAUGGGAGACGAGCACGAGGAUACCACCUUCGGCACACCGCGCUUCCUGUUUCACAUCCCUCGCUGCUGCGAUGACCCAUACCACCGCGACGAGGAGGCGCUCGAGAUGCUCAGCAUCACCACGACCUCAUCCUGCGCCUUCGGGGCCGGUCUCGACGGGCUCCGCUGGCAGGACUGGAUGCCGUCCUCUCCCGUAGAGGCGGGUGAGGUGAUGCUGCGCACCGUGGAGCAGGCCGCCGCCGCCACAGCAACCGAAGCAGCGGCGUCCACGCACGCGCGAGACUCGAGCCGCCUCUCCACAAUCGCCAGCAGCAAAACUCGGGGAACUCAGGAUGCGCUUGGCAGUGACCAGGCCGAAGCAGUGGCGGGCGCUAAGGCCCACGCUGUAGACUCCUCCGUGACCGGCUCAGCAGCUGCUGCAGGCCUCGGUGCACCGAACAGCACCAUAGCGGCGAGCAGCCGUCAAACGCUUGGUGUGUUUGCAGACGGCGGAAAAGUGGUGUCGACCGACAUUGCGGCGCCGCGCAACUCCGAGGAUCUCGUCUGCGUGACCUACCGCGCCAUGGACAAUGCGUCGGCUGGGGGCAGCGGCGAGGGCACCACCGAUCUGUUCGCCACCUCACUCGCCAACGGCAGCGGCUGUUACGACUCACUGCUGCAGCGCUGCCAUCUGCAGGACUCGCUCACUGGUAUAUCGUCCGACUUCAACAAUGGCCUGAACGCGCCGGGGAGCGGCAAGCGACCGUUCAUUACGGAGUGGAUCGUGUCAAAGCUGCAGAAGCGCAUCGAGAAGAAGAAGCAGAAGAUGCAGCGCAAGCAGCUGGUGCGCGAGGCCGAAGCCGCGGAGUCGGUCGGAAUGGGCAAUCCACUGCAGUUUCUCCUCGAUGGCGGGUCGGAGUUGCUUCCAUCGUUCACCGAGGCGCCGCGGGCGCAUAGCCGCGCGUCGAGCCUGUCCGACUACAGCGACGCCGGCCCGCCAUGCAGCAGCUACGGUAGUCGUUGCCUCCUGUGCUCCAGCCCGAUGAAGCCCACCGGUGCUAUGGCCGCGCAGCAGCACCGCCAGCGCCUCGCGUAUCUGGCAGCGGCGUACCAGACGGAGCUCGUCAUUCAUGAGCAGAAGCGGCGCGAGACGGAGGAGAACCGCCGUGGCCUGGAGGCGCUUGUGCGCCGCUACCGCGCAAACAUGACCCCGGCGGCGGCGGCGGCGGGCUACUACUACAAGGCUCACGUUUUGACGUCUCCAACCAUUUUGCGGCCGCACGCGCAACCGCAAAAGGAGCCCUUCGUCACGUUGUCGCUGAAGCCCACCACCACCAACGCGGCGGCGGCGGCAAAGGCCGAAUAUACCAUCAGCGAUGGCUCCAGCAACGGCGUCAACCCGAGUGGAAGCAGCAGCUACUCAAUCGGGUCUGAAGAGCACGCCGGAGACGCGGCGGUGGGGGGGCACUUGGCUAUGAGCUUCUGGUCUCCACGGAUACCGGAGCAAGGCAGCGCGACUCUGUCGCUGCCUCCCCUAACGCAUACCAGCAAGGCGGGUAAAGAACACUCGAGCAGAGGGAGUCAGCAGCACGGCAAAAGCGCCGGCGGCGCGCAUGUGAAUGCGACAGCGGCAGCAAGCAGCAGCGCGGCAGCGAAGCGGAAGUCGAGCGGCGCCGCCGCACCAGAGCGACAGCCGCACAGUAAGCGCGAGCUCCGGGAAAGCAAGGCACUGACGAUGGCGUCCAUGGUGGAGGCGGAGCGGAUGCGUGUGGCGCUGGACACUGUCAAGACGAAGAAACAAGCCAUCGAAAGCUGGAUCUUCGGUCUGCGCCUCUAG